AUGGACCAGCCUUCGGGGCCGAGGGUUCUGUCGGAUCCAGCCCCAGAGCCCAGCUGUGGGGCCAUCCCGGCCUCCCCCAGCGGCUGGAACAGCUCCCAGGCCAGCACCUCCAGCCCGGGCGAACCCCCACCCGCCAGCCCCACGGUAAGCCUGGAGGGGCGAGCCACCACUUGGGUCCCCUUCCCCACAGUGGACAUCCCAGACCAUGCCCACUACAUCCUGGGCACUGUGGUCCUGCUGGUGGGGCUCACGGGGACGCUGGGCAACCUGACGGUCAUCUACACCUUCUGCAGGAGCAGAAGCCUCCGGACACCGGCCAACAUGUUCAUCAUCAACCUUGCGGUCAGCGACCUCUUCAUGUCCAUCACCCAAGCCCCUGUCUUCUUCAUCAGCAGCCUCUACAAGCAGUGGAUUUUCGGGGAGACAGGCUGUGAGUUCUAUGCCUUCUGUGGGGCCCUCUUCGGCAUCACCUCCAUGAUUACCCUGAUGGCCAUCUCCCUGGACCGCUACCUGGUGAUCACGCGCCCACUGGCCCCCGUGGGUGUGGUGUCCAAGAGGCGGGCAGCGCUGGUCCUGCUGGGCGUCUGGCUCUACGCCCUGGCCUGGAGCCUGCCACCCUUCUUUGGCUGGAGUGCCUACGUGCCCGAGGGCCUGCUGACGUCCUGCUCCUGGGACUACAUGAGUUUCACGCCGGCGGUGCGCGCCUACACCGUGCUCCUCUUCUGCUUUGUGUUCCUCCUCCCCCUGCUGGUCAUCGUCCACUGCUACAUCUUCAUCUUCAGGGCCAUCCGCGACACGGGCCAGGCUCUCCGGAGCUUCGGCACCGGCGGGGGCGCCCGCGAGCUGCCCCGACAGCGGCAGCGGCUGCAGAGCGAGUGGAAGACGGCCAGGGUCACGCUGCUGGUCGUCCUCCUCUACGUGCUCUCCUGGGCCCCCUACUCCACGGUGGCCCUGGUGGCCUUUGCCGGGUAUGCACAUGUCCUGACACCCUACAUGACCUCGGUGCCCGCUGUCAUCGCCAAGGCCUCCGCCAUCCACAACCCCAUCGUCUACGCCAUCACCCACCCCAAGUACAGAAUGGCCAUCGCCCAGCACCUGCCAGGCCUGGGGCUGCUGCUGCGUGUGUCGGGCCCGCGCUCUCACCCCCGCACCAGCUACCGCUCCACCUGCCGCUCCACACAGAGCAGCCAGGCCUCCCAGCUCAGCUGGAUCUCUGGACAGAGGCGUCAGGCAUCCCUGGGCUCCAGGAGUGAGGGGGGCUGGACAGACACGGAGGCAGCAGCGGCGCGGGGGGCUGCCCCACAAGUGGGCAGAGGGUCCCCCUGCGAUCAGGACUUGGAUGACACGGAAGCCUAGGCCCCUCCCAGGCUCUAGCGAAGGGAAGCAGAGACCCCCG